UUAUUUUAUUCCCGAAUAAUUAAAGAUCGCAUCUUUUUUAUUCCAUUUUCACUCUUACAAUUUCCCCCAAUUUUCUUCUUUAUCUUCUCUCUCGAUCCUCUCGUUGACGGUCGAGAGGAAACUGUGAUUUAUUCUCUCUCUCUCUCUCCUCUCCCUCUCUUUCUCUCUCCUCCCGCCCUGCACAAACUAAGCGCGAGCCCUGAUGGAGCCCUCGCCGGCGAUCGCCCCAAUUGAGGAGAAUGGUGAGGGGACGGCUGAGGCGUACGGUGCCUGUGCAAUUUGCUUGGAGAGGAUCUUGAUUCACGAGGCUGCCCUUGUGAAAGGUUGCGAGCACGCUUACUGUGUGACAUGCAUCCUAAGAUGGGCAACAUACAAGCACAAUCCUUCUUGCCCUCAGUGCAAGCAUCCAUUCAACUUCCUGAACGUCCAUCGUUCACUUGAUGGCUGCAUUCAUGACUACAUGUUCGAGGAGAGUGUUUGCCUCCUCCUAAGGGCUACUUGGUUCAUUCCUCUAGCAGUAGAAGCCCAUAACGAUAUAGCAGACGAACCUGAUGACUUCUACCAGUACGAUUAUGAGGGUGAGGUCGAUGAUGAUGACCUUGAUGGGGGUUUUUAUAAUUCACCAACCAUUAGAAUUGGUAACAGACGGUGGGGCGAUAACGGUUAUGUGAGGGCUGGGAGGAAAGAGGCACGCCCCGUGAAUCGUCAACAGGCAUUUGGUAGUGAGUCUGAUGCUAGUUCAUCUCGAUGCCCAAAGAAGAAAGAGGCAUCUCCAAAGGAAAAGGAGUCUAUAGGAGUAGGACGUCGAGCAAAGAGAGCGCUGAAGCGUGAAGCUGCAGAUAAAGCAGCUGCAGCGAAGCACGAGAAGCACCUUGAGAGGUUCGGAAGGAAGUAGUUUUGCUGUAAUUCUCUCUGUACACCUCUACCUUUGUACAGCAUUUAGUUUCUUGUGAAAACAGUGGUAACUACAGAGUUUGUGUUAGGGAUUAGGAUUUUCUGCUGUCUUGAAUCUUUUUAUGAUUUGGCAAGUGAUGUUUGCCUUAGUUCAGCUUGAAUGCGAGUUGAGUGAAUCAUCAGCUGUAGCUUAUUAUACCUGUUCUCCGUCAUAUUUUACAAUAAUACAUCACUGGUUACAUCCUUAGUCCGUUGGUGGAUUAUGAUAUGUAUGAUUAACUUAAAUCAAUUGACCAAUAUAUGCAUCAGCUCUUUUUUUUGGAAGC